CAUAAUAUUCCUUAAUGGCUAUGGCCAUGGCCAUCGACGACGCACCGGAGCUCGACUUCUCGGCUUAUAGCACCUCCCCCACCACCACCACGACCACCACGACAGACGAUGAAUAUGGCUGCAACUGGAAUGAUUGGUCGCCGGUGGUUGAUUGGAACGCUCUCUCCGGCGGCCAAGAUGAUUUUCAGGACCUAAUUGAGUCCAUGAUAGAUGAGAGUGGGCUUCAACCAGCUCGUUCCGGGGUGAAUUACCAGGAGGGAAGUAACUCUCCAUCCACCGACACGACCAUGUUCACCGACGAGGAAGCCAGCAGAGAUGACUCGAAAGGGUUGAGGCUGGUUCACUUGUUGAUGGCAGCCGCAGAGGCCCUGACCGGAGUGAACAAAUGCCAUGAACUGGCUCGGGUGAUAUUGGUUCGGCUCAAGGAGUUGGUGUCCCCAACUGAUGGAACUAACAUGGAGAGAUUGGCAGCUCAUUUCACGGAGGCCCUACAAGGAUUGCUUGAAGGUGCCGGUGGCGGUCAUGGCAAGCACCUAAUAAGCAGUGGCCCCCAACGCGACGACCACCACCAUCACCACCAAACGGAUGUUCUAGCCGCUUUUCAACUAAUGCAAGACUUGUCGCCGUACGUCAAGUUUGGGCACUUCACCGCGAAUCAGGCUAUUCUAGAAGCCGUCACUCAGCACCGGCGAGUCCAUAUCGUGGACUAUGAUAUCAUGGAGGGGAUCCAAUGGGCGUCGCUCAUGCAAGCUCUGGUCUCAAGGAAGGACGGUCCACCUUCCCCACAUCUCAGGAUCACGGCCUUGUCGAGAGGUGGAAACGGUCGCCGCUCGAUCGGGACCAUCCAAGAGACGGGCCGUCGCCUGACCGCAUUUGCCGCAUCAAUUGGUCAGCCAUUUUCGUUUCACCAAUGUAGGUUGGACUCGGACGAAACAUUUCGUCCAUCCUCCCUUAAGUUAGUGAGGGGUGAGGCAUUGAUAUUCAACUGCAUGCUGCACCUUCCUCACUUCUGUUACCGGGCACCCGAGUCCGUGGCUUCCUUCUUAUCCGGAGCCAAGACGCUGAACCCUAGACUCGUGACUCUGGUGGAGGAAGAAUUGGGGCCGAUCGGAGACCAAGGGUUCGUGAGCCGAUUCAUAGACUCCCUGCAUCACUACUCUGCCCUGUAUGACUCGCUCGAGGCAGGGUUUCCGAUGCAGUGCCGGGCUCGAGCUCUGGUGGAGAGGGUUUUCCUGGGGCCCCGGAUAGUCGGGUCGUUGGCUCGGAUAUACCGGACGUGCGGCGAUAAGGAGGGCGGCUCGUGGCGGGAGUGGUUAGGUGCAACGGGGUUCAGGCCUGUGGACAUAAGCUUUGCCAAUCAUUGCCAGGCCAAGCUCUUGUUGGGGCUAUUCAAUGAUGGGUACAGGGUGGAGGAGUUGGCCAGCAACAGGCUCGUCCUGGGAUGGAAAUCUCGUCGUCUGCUCUCAGCCUCCAUUUGGACUUCGCCCUUCGAUUCUGAUUCGUCGAUCUCUUAA